AUGUCAGAAGUACUUCAGGACGUCAGAAACAAAAGGUACAAGGCAAUCAUCCUAUUUCUGAGACUGUUUGGAAAUGAUUCUGCUAGUCUCUUCAUUCAAAGAGCAAUUGUAAUUCCGUGGCACAUUUUGAUCAUGGAAGACUCGUUCACGAUCCGUCGACGCUCAGGUUCUGGAUCGGAAAUAGGGGUACAAACCGCCAGCAAAGAUGUUUCGAACCACAAUACUAGCCGUGUACUGGAUCCCAUGACUAUAGAAGAGGAUGCUGAAGAAGCUCCUGAACCGGCAGCCAAGAAGUCCCUAGCAUUCAAACUCGCCUUCAUCGGUCUUGCAGCCACAGGUUUCGUCUUCCAGGUCGAUGCGACGGCCCUUGGCAUCGCGCUUCCAACCAUAGCAGAAGAACUGUCCGGCGACAACCUCGGGUCUUUCUGGGCAAACAUGUCCUACACCCUCUGCGGUCUCGUCAUGCAACCCCUCUGGGCCAGUAUAUCCGACGCUUUUGGCCGCAAACCGCCUCUCUACGCCUGCAUGUCCUUUUUCUUCGUCGGAUCUAUUGUGUUUGCUACUGCGAAGACUAUGAAUACCGUUAUUAUCGGGCGAGUACUGCAGGGCUUUGGGGGAGGAGGUAUUGAUGUCCUCGCUCAGAUCAUCCUGGCUGAUAUGACGACGCUGAAGGAGCGUUCGACGUAUUUGGGUUUGAUGGCUAUUCCGAACGCGGUGGGGAAUAUCUUGGGUCCUGUUAUUGGUGCGUCGUUCAGUAAUUAUCUGACUUGGAGGUGGAUUGGAUGGAUCAACUUGCCUUUACUUGGGUUUGCGGCGCCGUUGGUGAUCUUCUUCCUCAAGUUACGGCCAGUUCGACUUGAUUCUUCGCUGGUUGAGAACUUGAACAAUCUAGACUGGAUAGGCAUGGCUUUGGUUGUCGUUGGCAUCACAGUCUUUGUUCUACCGCUCAGUUGGGCUGGUUCAUUGUUCCCCUGGGGUUCGUGGCAGACUCUGCUUCCCAUGCUUUUAGGUUUAGUGUUGCUCGUCACAUUCGCAAUAUACGAAGCCAAACCAAAAGCACCUAUUGUACCUCAUCGGUUGUUCCGUUCGAAGACUGCGAAUAUGACUUUAGCAGGAGCGUUCAUACAUGGUAUGAUACUAGUUGCACUGUUGCAGUACCUGCCGCUGUUCUAUCAAGCAGUAGGUCUUCAGACGGCAAUUCAAUCAGCAGUGUCUCUCAUGCCAACGGUCAUUACGAGCGUGGUUUUCGCUGCCGCCUCGAUGAUGAUGGUGUCGGUCAUUGGCGGAUAUGUCUGGAUCUUGCGCUUUGCGUGGGUCGUGUUGACUGUCGGUACUGGCUUACUCGCUUUAUUCAAUGCCGAUUCAUCGUCGUCCAUGCGUCUCGGUGUUCCUAUUCUUUGGGGAACUGGUGUAGCUUUGCUACGUCUCAAUAUGCUGCCUAUGCAGGCCAGUGUCAAAGGAGUAGAUGAUACCGGCGCAGCCAUUGGCUUAUUGAUGACUAUCAGGAUGUUCGGUGGCCUAAUAGGGCUUACCAUCGCAUCGACAAUAUUCAACUCUGUUUUUUCAAACUCGAUCUCUUCGACGGCAGGACAGCUCACGGGACCACUCGCUCCUCUUAGUGAUGCUUCCAACGCUGUAGCUUUCAUCUUAGAACUGAGAGUGGUCGAUAUCUCUACCGAAGCUUUGAGGAGAAUAUUGGGAGUAUAUCUUACAAGCUUCAGAGCCAUAUUCUUCGCCAUGACGGCGUUUAGCGGACUGGGAUUGGUUACUUCUAUGUUUGUAGACGAGAUUGAUUUGAGUAAGAAGAAUCUGGGGAGACAAAGGUUUGAGGAAUAA